AUGGAGCUUCCCCAGGUGGAACACGCGGUGAGACGCAGCAGGUGUGACAGCAGCACAGCAUCAGUGCCGCAGCUCUGCAACUCUCCUACACUCAUCGUCAUGGUGGGCCUGCCAGCCAGAGGGAAGACCUACAUCUCCAAAAAGCUCACCCGCUACCUGAACUGGAUCGGAGUUCCCACAAAAACGUUCAAUGUCGGCCAGUACCGGCGGCAGGCCGUCAAGAUCUAUGACAACUUUGAGUUCUUUAAACCCGACAACGAGGACGCCAUGAAGAUCCGCAAGGCCUGUGCGGCAGUCGCCCUCAGAGACGUCGCUACGUACUUUGCAAAUGAGGAAGGUCAAGUGGCGGUUUUUGAUGCCACUAACACCACCAGGGAGAGAAGGGCAGUCAUCCUCGGUUUUGCCAAAGAGAAAGGCUACAAGGUUUUCUUUGUGGAGUCAAUCUGUGAUGACCCAGAAAUAAUUGCAGAGAAUGUCAAGCAAGUGAAAUUUGGGAGUCCAGAUUACGUGAAUCGCAGCAUGGAGGAAGCCAUGGAAGACUUUCUGCAGCGCAUUGAGUGCUACAAGUCAAGCUACAUGCCGAUGGACGAUGAGAAAGACAGGAAGCUCUCCUACAUCAAAAUCUACGAAGUGGGUAAAAGGUACCUGGUGAAUUUUGUCCAGGACCACAUACAGAGCAGGAUCGUCUACUACCUAAUGAACAUCCACGUUGCGCCGAGGUCCAUCUACCUGAGCCGCCACGGGGAGAGCGAACUCAAUCUUCUUGGUCGAAUCGGCGGAGAUUCUUGUUUGUCCUCCAGAGGACAUGAAUAUGCUGCUGCUUUGAAGACCUUCAUCCAGAGUCAGAAAAUCCAUGACCUGAAGGUGUGGACCAGCCACAUGAAGAGAACCAUCCAGACUGCACACACUCUGGGUGUCCAGCAUGAGCAGUGGAAAGCUCUCAAUGAGAUAGACGCAGGCGUAUGUGAGGAGUUAAGUUAUGAGGAGAUACAGGAGCAUUUCCCCGAAGAGUUUGCGCUGAGGGACCAGGACAAAUUCCGUUACCGUUACCCCAAGGGUGAGUCCUAUGAAGACCUGGUCCAUCGUUUGGAGCCUGUCAUCAUGGAGCUGGAGAGGCAGGAGAAUGUUCUGGUCAUCUGCCACCAAGCUGUCAUGCGCUGCCUCUUGGCCUACUUCCUGGACAAACCUGCAGACGAGCUCCCCUAUCUGAGAUGCCCUCUCCACACCGUGCUCAAACUCACACCAAUAGCCUACGGCUGCAAAGUGGAGCCAUUUUACCUCAAUAUCGAGGCAGUCAACACACACAGAGAGAAGCCUACGAACGUGGACGUCAGCAGAAACCCAGAGGAAGCUCUGCAGACGGCUCCCGAUCACAUUUAA